AUGCGUCACUCCAUCCUUCUAUCCACCCUCCUCUCCUCCGUCGUCCUCGGUCUCGUCAUACCGACCAGCACGGAAAACCCUAGCACCCUCGUCAAACGCUUCGAGGUCUCGGGUGCCUCACGCGAUAGAGGCUUCACCAUACCGGACGGCACCCCCGACGGCAUGUACCGGGUCACCAUCGACGACGACGGGGUUGCGCACCACACGCGGGUCGAGGAGGGCGGCAGCGGGGGCAAAAUCUCCGCAAACGCCGUCGCCCUGCCCGUGGGUGUGGCGCCCACCAUGGCGGCACCGUCGGACCCGUCUCUCCUCCUGAGCGGGCGGCAGGACGACUGGCGCGUGACGUGCGCCGACUACGACCUCGACAGGGGCGACGCCGACACGGUGGUCCGCACGCUCAAAUGGGGCUGCGGGUCGGGGACGGACCUGCGCGCGGGGGACGACUUCUACUCCAAGUACGGCAGCGUGGUGGCCUACUUUUGCAACACCAGCCGCUCGACCACGUACGUCUGCACCGAGGACCUGAUAGGCCGGCAGAUCCAGAGCGGCGGCGUCAGCGCCGACUGCGGGGCGUACAGGGCCGGGUGGUCCAACUGGCGCAGCGAUGUGUCGAUCGGGUAUGAGCGUGCCAACUCUAAUCUGUACUUUUGCGGCAAGAACCACUAG